AUGAGCAAUAUGCCUUCGAAGCUAUCAAAUUCUCGUAAUAUUGUAGAGCUGUACAGUUCUUCUGAGGACCUUGAUCUUGAUCUUGAGAGUGAGCAAUGUGGGAAGAGAAAAAAACAAAUUAAUUUAAAUGCAGCCGGGCCAGCGAAUUCUUCGGGUUUUGGGGGCUUUGAGGAUCUGUAUUUUGAUGCUGGUUCACCUCAGGUUCAGUCGUGCCAGGUUCAGUCGUGCCAGGACGAGAUCGUGGAGGUUGGGAUGGUUAAAUUUGAGGAUUCGGAGCUUGGUGAGUCAGAGAAGCAAAAGGCUGAAAAAUUUAAUUUGGAUUCACUUGGCCUUUUGAAGAACUAUGGGUAUAGGUUUCGACACUUGAAAGGCGAAAAGAUUGAGGUAGCUGGAUGUGGUGUGGAACGCGACAAGGGUAGUGAGCGUCGAGUAUCAACUGAUGCAAUUAUACGACAGGCUGGGGAGAGCUUCAUUAAUUCCUCUGUCAAGAGAUGUAAUGGCUUCUCUGACGCGAGCCACACGAAUAAGCUAGUUGGUCUGUCGGAUAAGGAGGCUAAAGAUGUUGAGCUUGUGGGGAAUCUUCUGGCUGCUGCUGAGAAAGUAGGCCAGAAGAAGCUUCGUCGUGCAAGGAAGCUCCUAAGGAAAUGCUCUGAGUGGGCUUGUGAUGAUGGAAAUCCUGUUCAGAGGCUGGUGUACUAUUUUGCUGCGGCCCUUUGUGAGAAGAUUGAUCAGCAUAUUGGAAGAGAGAUGUCGAAAAGUUUAGAGAAGAAGGUGGAAUUGUUGGAUUUUGAAGAGGUGGUGAUGAGUCAGAAGUCGGCUAAUAUUGCAUUUCUUAAGGAGGUACCUUUUGCUCAAGUAAGCCAAUUUACAGGAGUGCAGGCAAUAAUUGAACAUGUAGCAGAGGCAACUAGGGUUCAUAUCAUCGAUUUUUUUAUAAUGAAUGGAAGCAACUGUAUAGUUUUACUGCAGGCUCUUGCAGCUCGUGAUGAGCACCCCAUUGAGCAUCUGAGAAUUACAGCUGUUGGAACUAAAUCGCAAGAAAGACUUGAGGAGACUGGCAAACGGUUGAUGACUUUUGCAGAGUCAGUGAAUUUACCCUUUUCUUUCAAUUUGGUUAUGGUGGCGGACAUGCUUGAUCUCAAUGAAGGCCUUUUUAAGCUGAAUGCUGAGGAAGUCGUCGUUGUCCAGUCAUCUUAUCUGUUUUCUACCUUGAUUUCAAAGUCAGAUCGACUUGAAUAUGUAAUGAGGGUGAUCAGAGACAUUAAUCCUAGCGUUAUGGUGAUGAUUGAAAACGAAGGAAAUCAUAAUUCAUCGGUUUUUGUGAAACGUUUUGUAGAAGCUCUUUUCUACUAUGGGGCAUUUUUUGAUUGUAUUGAGGAUUGUAUGGAACGCAGCAAUCCAGACAGGCUGCUUGUUGAACUGAUACAUUUUAGUCCUGCAAUACAGAACAUUGUGGUUGCUGAUGGAGAGGACAGGAUAACUCGACAAGUCGAUAUGAGUGUUUGGAGGGAAUUUUUUAAAAGAUUUAUGAUGGUGGAGUUGGAAUUGAGCAAGUCCUCUUUGUAUCAUGCAAGAUUGAUCGUCAACAAGUUUGCUUGUGGGAGUUCUUGCACACUUGAUAGAGAUGGAAAGUGCCUAAUUAUCGGGUGGAAGGGAACACCUAUACAUUCUCUUUCUGCUUGGAAAUUUGAGUAA